GUGGGAGGCUUGCCUCUGAAAGACCUCAUUGUCGGGAGGGAUGAGAGUGUGUGCAGCGGCGGUGUGAGUGUGUGUGGAGCCCCCUCCUCUCCUUAAACUAGCUGGUCAGCAGCGGAGGGAUUAGUGAAGCCAGCUCCACUCACCAACUCACAGACAAGGAGGUGGUGGUGUGGGGGGGAUUGCAACAAGCGUGAAUCAUGCUCGUCGUCAUUACUACCGACUGGGAGUGGAGCCGAAAUUGUGCAAGAUACGGAUAACAGCGCGGAGAGGGUCCGUGCGGAUCGAGUCAAGUUUCCAGCCCUCCUCAUUCUGCCGUGAAAAUGCCUCACCGGGGGCUCCGCCGCCGCCGCUGCCGCUCCUGCCGCCGCUGCUCGGACCCGUCGCGUUAUGCCGCCUCCCUCACAUGCGCCUAACGUGGAAGAAGUGACCGGGAGGAGACCUGCGAAGGAGCCGACGGAGCAAAAAACCGGAGAGGAUAAUUUCCCCCUUUUUUUCCCGGCGUGUGGAGACUUUCCCUCAAGAAGUGGAAGAGAGAGGAGUGAGGAGGAGAAGGAGGAGGAGGGGGUGAAAAGUUGUACUUGUUGGUCAAAGAGGAACCAUGGGGAACGCAGGCAGCAUGGACCAGCACACGGAUUUCAGAGGACACAACAUGCCUCUGAAACUGCCCAUGCCCGAGCCCGGUGAACUGGAGGAGAGGUUCGCAACCGUUUUGAACUCGAUGAAUCUUCCUCCAGACAAAGCGCGGCUGUUGCGGCAGUACGACAACGAGAAGAAGUGGGAACUGAUCUGUGAUCAGGAGCGAUUCCAAGUGAAAAACCCGCCUCACACGUACCUCCAGAAGCUGAGGAGUUAUCUGGACCCGGCAGUCACAAGGAAGAAAUUCAGACGGAGAGUUCAGGAGUCCACCCAAGUCCUGAGAGAACUGGAAAUUUCGUUACGGACCAAUCAUAUAGGGUGGGUGAGGGAGUUCUUAAAUGAAGAGAACAAAGGUCUGGACGUGCUGGUGGAGUAUCUUUCUUUUGCACAGUAUGCCGUCACGUUUGAUGGAGACUGUGUGGAGAACAACCCAGAGGCUGUGAUGGAUAAGACUAAGCCCUGGAGCCGCUCUAUAGAAGACCUGCAUGGAGGAAGCACCCUGCCAUCCCCCAUCACUGGGAAUGGCAUCACACGAGCUGGGCGACAUUCCACGUUACGUUGCAACACACUGCCGAGUCGCAGAACUCUGAAAAACUCCAGACUGGUCUGCAAGAAAGAAGACGUCCACGUCUGCAUCAUGUGCCUGCGUGCUAUCAUGAACUACCAGUAUGGCUUCAACAUGGUCAUGUCACACCCACACGCUGUGAAUGAAAUUGCACUAAGUCUCAACAAUAAGAACCCAAGAACUAAAGCCCUGGUCCUGGAGCUCCUGGCGGCAGUUUGUCUCGUGAGAGGAGGCCACGAAAUUAUUCUCUCUGCGUUCGACAACUUUAAGGAGGUGUGUAUGGAGACGCAGCGGUUUGAGAGGCUAAUGGAGUAUUUCAAGAACGAGGACAACAACAUCGACUUCAUGGUGGCCUGUAUGCAGUUCAUCAAUAUAGUCGUGCACUCUGUGGAGGACAUGAACUUCAGAGUUCAUUUGCAGUUCGACUUCACCAAGCUGUGUCUGGACGACUACUUAGACAAACUAAAGCAUACGGAGAGCGAUAAGCUGCAGGUCCAGAUCCAGGCCUACUUGGAUAAUGUGUUUGAUGUGGGAGCCCUUCUGGAGGACGCAGAGACCAAAAACGCUGCCCUGGAGCGCGUGGAGGAGCUGGAGGAGAACAUGUCACAUAUGACGGAGAAGCUGCAGGACAUGGAGAAUGAGGCCAUGUCCAAGAUUGUGGAGCUGGAGAAGCAGCUGAUGCAAAGGAACAAGGAUCUUGAAUCCAUCAGGGAAGUCUACAAAGACACCAGCUCGCAGGUACACUCGCUGCGGCAGAUGUUGAAGGAGAAGGACGAGGCUAUCCAGCGACAGAGUAACCUGGAGAAGAAGAUCCAUGAGCUGGAGAAACAAGGCACCAUCAAGAUCCACAAGAAGGGAGAUGGAGACAUCUCCAUCCUGCCCUCGCCUCCCUGCGGUGUAGAGGGCUUGCCAGGUGCCGUGAUGGGAGGAAACGGUGCAGCUGUCGGUCCAAACCAUGUGGGAGUUGUAGCCGGAACGCCCGCUCCACCACCACCGCCACCUCCACCCCCUCCACUGCCAGUGAACGGUGCAUUGUCAAAUGGACCAUCAUCUGCCAUUCCCGCCGCAGUAGCUCCCCCACCACCGCCGCCUCCACCUCCACCUCCGCCUCCUCCCCCAGGGCCGGCCUCUGCGAUCUCAGCACCUCUGCCUCCCCCUCCUCCUCCUGUAGCCCCCCCACUGCCCGGCUGUGGGACUCCCACUGUCAUCAUGAACUCUGGGUUAGCAGCUGUUAAGAUCAAGAAACCCAUCAAGACAAAGUUCCGUAUGCCUGUCUUCAACUGGGUCGCCCUGAAGCCAAACCAGAUCAACGGGACUGUCUUCAAUGAGAUUGAUGAUGAGAGGAUACUUGAGGACCUGAAUGUGGACGAGUUUGAGGAGAUGUUCAAGACGAAGGCCCAGGGCCCGGCAAUCGACCUCACCAUGAGCAAGCAGAAGGUCAUCCAGAAGGGGCCCAACAAGGUGACGCUACUGGACUCCAACAGAGCUAAGAACCUGGCCAUCACACUGAGGAAAGUGGGAAAGACUCCCGAGGAGAUCUGCAAGGCCAUUCAGAUCUUUGACCUACGAACUCUGCCGGUGGACUUCGUGGAGUGUCUGAUGCGCUUCCAGCCCACGGAGAAUGAGAUUAAAGUCCUGCGGCAGUUUGAGAAGGAGCGCAAGCCGGUGGAGAGCCUGACGGAUGAGGACCGCUUCAUGAUGCAGUUCAGUAAAAUCGAGCGGCUCAUGCAGAAGAUGACCAUCAUGGCGUUCAUCGGAAACUUCUGUGAGAGCGUGCAGAUGCUCACGCCGCAACUUCAUGCCGUCAUCGCAGCAUCUGUGUCCAUCAAGUCAUCACAGAAGCUAAAGAAAAUCCUAGAGAUUAUCUUGGCACUUGGAAACUACAUGAACAGCAGCAAAAGAGGAGCAGUGUACGGAUUCAAGCUGCAAAGUUUAGACUUGCUACUUGAUACCAAGUCGACAGACCGUAAGUUAACGCUGUUACACUACAUAGCCAAUGUAGUAAAGGAGAAAUACGCGCAAGUUUCUCUCUUCUACAACGAGCUGCAUUACGUGGAGAAAGCUGCAGCAGUGUCGUUAGAGAACGUCCUGCUGGAUGUUAAGGAGCUGAACAGAGGCAUGGAGCUGACCAAAAGAGAGUACAGCAUGCACGGCCACAACACCAUGCUCAAAGACUUCAUCGCACACAACGAGAGCAAGCUGAAGAAGCUGCAGGAUGACGCCAAGAUUGCACAGGAUGCCUUUGACGAGGCGGUGAAGUUCUUCGGGGAGAACUCCAAAACAACGCCGCCCUCCGUCUUCUUCCCUGUGUUUGUGCGAUUUGUUAAGGCGUACAGGCAAGCGGAGGAGGACAACGAGCAGAGAAAGAGACAGGAGCAGAUCCUGAUGGAGAAACUUCUGGAACAGGAGGCCAUGAUGGAGGAAGACCAGAAGUCUCCAUCUCAUAAGAAUAAGCGGCAGCAGCAAGAGCUGAUCCAGGAGCUCAGGAGGAAACAGGUGAAAGACAGCCGCCAUGUCUACGAAGGCAAAGAUGGAGCGAUUGAGGACAUCAUCACGGCCCUAAAGAAGAAUAAUAUUACUAAAUUUCCCAAUGUCUACUCGAGGGUAAGGAACUCCUCCAGUAGCACCCCUGUAGUGGUGGAUGUGUCCCAAACCUGAUUUGAGGAACCAGCCUUACAGGCGAGCAGACGCUGUGCGGAGGAGUGUCAGGAGGCGCUUUGAUGAUCAGAACCUGCGGCCGGUGAACAACGGCGAAGUGGUCAUGUGACGAGGGAACAGUGCAUGUGCUGGGGGGCUGGGGGGGGCGGGGAUGGUGAGGAUGUGUAACGUCAAGAGAGGGCGAGACAGGAGGUUCGAUGCAGAUUGAAGGAUGAUAAGUGGAAGAUGACAAGUGUUGUAGCAACCAUAGAGAUGUGUAUGUAUAUAUAUUAUAUAAGAAUACACGUGAUUCCGUGUCUGUGGUGUAGUAGCUUUUCAAGAUGAAGGGCUGGGACAUGUACACGAGUGAAUUUAAAGUGUCUGAAAGGUUGAUUAAGAAACCUUAGACAAGCCAAGUGCCUGAACUUAUUUUUGUGGGCUAACGUCACGCUGUCUUCUGUUCGCCUGAUGGCUGUCUUUAAUAUUUCCCACUUCAAGCAAUACAACUUGACCUGGCUUUAAUUUUAAAGGUGUGUAAAAGUGGACUUGCGGUGGCCUUAAGAGCCACGUGAAGAGAUGCUUCCUUGGAAACAUAAUGUAGAAUGUAUGGGACGUGCUCCCUUUAGCUGUUACAGAUAUCACAUCUUUCAGUGCUGAGUGUUACACUCUGUAGUAUCUCGGUACACUCCGGUGCUCCUUUCCAUUCCUCGUACUACACAAACGUGCUCAACCUGCACUUUCUUUUACAUCUCAUGAGGCUUUUUCGACUUUGACUCAAAAAGGGCUGACGAUCAGGCAUGAAGACGGUGAUCAAAAUUCAUGAAAAACUCUAUUUGUACUAAAGUGUCAGGAUGAUGAAGAAAAAUACAUCAAAAACCUUAAUCAUGUCAAAAACGAGCGGGUUAAUGUUGUUACGCGUUUAUCAGGCCUCUCCAUGCUGAAGUUGUUACUAUCGAGCUUGAAUUUGUAGCUCUUAAUCUAUCGCAGUCGGCCGCCUGCUCACGUAAAACUGUGCCGUCCAUUUAAAAUGUUGCAUUUCCGCAGCAGCUCAGCAGUUUGGUUUCUGGGAACAAAUAAAAAGAGUGAAUGAGCCUAUAAAGCAACACAUUUUCUAUCAGAGAAACUGCACGAAAGAUACAGAACCCUACUGGUUGAUCUCAUUGUCAGAACUGGAUAUACUGUAACUUUGUUUUUCAUCUCUGCCAACUUUUUUUUUUUUUUUUUUUACAGAUUAAUUAUAAUCCAGGCUACUGUGUCUACUCACUUUAUUGUAAUUUUAAUGUAUAGUAUUUAACCACUGAAAGGAUUCCUUUAAGAUCAUGUUUUCAUCUAAAUGUGUGUCAUUAAAAACAUGGCAAAACAAAGUACACAACACACACACAAAAAAAUCCUACAUGUACAGAUAUUUUGCUACGAACCGUUUUUUUUUUUUUUUUUUUACUUAAUUCACAUUACCAGAUGGUUAAUAUUGUACAUAUUGUUUAAACAAAUGUUUUCAUUGCCUUGUGCUAUACAACUUGAAUGUUAUUUUAACUUAUAGUUUUUGUUUCCAUUUUUGUAUAUUUAAUUAAGCCAAAUGAAUCUACAGUAGUGUGUUAAAUUACGUGGUGUCGCUGUCAUGCAGGAGGCGGCGGAUCACUGAAUCUGCUUGUGGGGGCGUCAAAGCCAGCUACGAAAAUACACAACGUGUUCUGAUGCGUUCGGAUUUGAACUCUUACGUUUCUAUUGGUCGACCUGUGAUUAGCUGGUUUUGUGGCGUUGUGAUACACCCUCCUGUGAUCAUCUCCACUGAAGCACGUGCUGCCGGUCAUCUCCUUUUUCUCUCAACUUCACUGUCUGUACUAGUGACAUUUCUCUAACUGGAUAAUACUGGCAUGUUUUGUUUUUUUUUUUUUCCACCAGAAAUGUAUUUUAGGCAGUUUGUGCUUAUUACAAAAUAACAAGCUUUUUAAAAAAUUAGGUGAUGAGAUUUUCAACGAAUAUGAUCAAAUAAACUAUUUACAUUGAAUAUAGAACUGUUUACCUUUUUUCUUUGUGAAACAGGUGUGGAAAUCGUAUCUCCUGUGGAAUUACAAUUCAAUUAAAUGGAAUAAAAUCAAUUCAUCUAAG